AUGCCCAAUUCAGCAAAUUUCAACAAAUAUCUUGGUCCUGACGCUCAACAGCUAAAGAGAGAAGUACAACUUCCAAUCAAAAAGGAGGAGGUCGAGCUGCCAUACAUUAAAGAGGAGGACGAUAUCACCAUGUCGACUGGUGAGCCUUUGAAUAGCGAGGAUGGUCCGAGUGAGGCCAGCAGAGGGACGGAUCCUCCAAGCAGCAGCUCAACGGAAGGAUCGCAACCACAUAUUUUCAUCGCAUCAUCAGAUAGAAAUGGCGCCACGUCACACUCACCUUACAAAGAUGAUGGUCAGAAGAAAUCUCACCGUGGGAAAACCUUUACUAAGAAUUAUACUUGUCGUAUGCAUAUGAGGAGCCACACUGACGAAAAACCUUUUGUCUGCUUAGACAACUUAAACACACACAUAAGAAUCCACACUGGUGAAAAACCUUUUUCCUGCUCAGUUUGUGGUCAAGGAUUCAGCCGUAAGGGUACCUUAAAAGUCCACACAAGAACCCACACUGGUGAAAAACCUUUUUCCUGCUCAGUUUGUGGGAAAAGAUUCACUCAAAUUACAGACUUAAAAGUACACACAAGAACCCACACUGGUGAAAAACCUUUUUCCUGCUCAGUUUGUGGUCACAGUUUCAUUCAAGAGAUAAACUUACAAACACACACAAGAACCCACACUGGUGAAAAACCUUUUUCCUGCUCAGUUUGUGGUCAAGGAUUCAGUCAUAAGAGUGCCUUAAAAGUGCACACAAUAACUCACACUGGUGAAAAAUCUUUUUCCUGCUCAGUUUGUGGAAAAAGAUUCACUCAGAAGAGCGCCUUAAAAGUACACACAAUAACCCACACUGGCGAAAAAAAUUUUUCCUGCUCAGUUUGUGGAAAAAGAUUCACUCAGAAGAGCGCCUUAAAAGUACACAUAAUGACCCACACUGGCGAAAAAAAAUUUUCCUGCUCAGUUUGUGGAAAAAGAUUCACUCAGAAGAGUAACUUAAAAGUACACACAAUGACCCACACUGGCGAAAAAAACAUUUCCUGCUCAUUUUGUGGUAAAAAAUUCACUCUCAAGGGUCGGAUUAAGAGACACGUGUGUAUUGGUGUGAGAAGCAGUGGCCAAUGACUUUUGCUUGUCAUCCACGUUGCCUUCAGAUUGUGCACGCAGGUCAAUUGUAGUCUGUAGAGUUUCCUCAAAUCCUGUUGAGGAUUGGCAGUAUUGGUGCCUUACGUGUGCUUUGUCCAAUCCUUGUAUGAUGUGGAUCCACACUAUUGCCAAAACUAUUGGCUCACCUGAUUGAACUCUCAAGUUGAGUGGCAUUAUUUAUACAAUACUCUCCCUCUUUCAAACUACACUGUUCACAGCUAAUAUUUGAGACAGUAGACCCCAAAUUACAAAAAUUAUAAAUCACUCAUCAAUAAUAUAAUUACAUAAAUAUGGAAAAUUAUGAUUGGCUCUCAAAUAUUAGUUUCUUUGGGGAAGGGUGAUUAUAUAAUUUAAAAAGUUCCUACUCUUGAUUGACAGUGACAUAUUAGAGUAUUGGGGUGAAAUAAAGGUUGGAGAAAAAAUGACUACGAGAUUGAAGUUGGACUCUUACUACAAGAAAAAAAGUCGUAUUAUUACGUAGGGGUAAUGUAGCUGAAUAAGGGGCUACGCACUUUAUGUACAUUUACCUUAGCUGGGAGCUCCGACAAAGCAAUAAAAUCCUUCCAUUGAUUAUGAUUUGAUGUAGAUGAGCUAAAAGAUAACAGAUUUCCUUAUUUUGGAAACUGAUUCUAAAACACAGCCUCACAAGAUGCUUUCAUUAUCGUUGACUUUAGUGGAGGCGGCAAAGCGCUACGGAAAGUACGUAGCUGCUUAUUCAGCUACAUUACCCCUCUUUUCUGUAUUUGGCCUAAUACUUUGUCGUACAACUCGGACAUGAUUAUUAAAAUUGUUUGUGCUUUUAAUCAAUCCGGCCCCCGUCGAUGAAAAUCUCUCGACUCUGCUUAGAAUUUUAAAGUGUUUGUACUUCACUGUGCUUGUUGAUUUUAUUCAUUAUAAACAACUUUUUAUUCAGUCCUUGCCUCCUCUCCCCUUUGUUCACAACAAGCCUAAUUAUAAUAUUGUAACUCCAAAAUAGGGUUGCAACUAAAACCGAUACUUCGUUACCAAGUUGAUUAUAACAUUCAGAAAAUGUGACGGGACUGCCUUUUCUGCAAUACCCAAAGUAUCGCCGGUACCAACGCGGCAGAUCUGGCCGCUUCUUUUGUGUGGCAUACGAGGCGACGCAAGUUGCCGGACAAGCGGUCAUUUACACCGCUAAAAUGUGGGUUGUAAAUGAGCGGUUAUAUGGAAUUGGUUGGUUUAGCUCUUUAAACAUCUCCUUUGUACACGAUUUCCUACCGGGGACAUAAGGGAGCGUGUCCUACCUUAGCAACAGUAGCUAAAGUCAUGAAUAUUAAUGAAAGGAAUUGACGUGUUGCUUGCGGUACCCUAUUACAAUGUCACAUCGUUUUCUCCCACACUCUGAUGGUUUGUUUACAAAGUAUUUGUCAAAUAAUUCGGGCAGAGUUGAUUUACUAAAUUUACAUAUUGAUUGUACUGAAGGGUCGUUUGUUUUGUGUAAAAUGUUUAUUGUUGAUAUGUGUCAUUUUC